AUGAGAUACUGUGUGUUGUUAGUGACUUUUAUUGCUAGGAUGUUCUGCUCUUUCUCGGGAGCGGAGAGUCAUAAGGCGGUUGUACUAGGAAAGUAUUCUGGAUGUGUCCUGCUUCCCCUAAUCUUUUGUGGAGACGAUGCGAUUGUGCUGCCGACGACUCGGUUUGGAGAUGUGAAGGGUAGAGAUUCGGAGGCUUGUGUGAUGGAGUUUGUUCGGAAUAUCGGAGACACGGUGUUAUCGUUUACUGCUUCUAAUGUGUGCUGUAGUUCUAGGGAGCUUUCUGAGAUGUUUUCGGGCGGAUGA